AUGUGGCAGAUCUUACCAGCCGAUCUGAUAGAGCUUCAAAUUGGCCAAGUUGAGCUUUUGUUGGCAAUGUACCCUGACGAGAUCAUACUCGACGAGAACUCUCAGGGAAUACUAGAUAUCCUGCGCGAUACCGAUGAUGCUCGGUCCAGAUCUGCAGCCAAAUAUACGCCGGUCAUCCCAGUCAUCCUUGACCUGCCAGUAUCUACGCCCAACGAAGAGUCGUCGAACUCAAGGACAUUGCGUCUGGAUAUCGGGGUACCUUUCGCAUUUAGCGGUAGUGAGCCGCCUUUAGACCCACCGUCGGUAAAGGUUCGGGUGCAGCAACCGCAAUGGAUGAACAAGGCCGCCACGUCGCGGUUGACGUCGGACAUUCCGGAAGAUGAAGAUCUGCUCAGUAAAAUUGAGUACAUCAGAGAAGCUGCAGUCGAAUACCUGAUGGAAAUCGAGACGACAGAACUGGGGCUGGAUCUUGCUACUGUGGACGCUGGACCGCUGGUAAGAGUUUGGUUCUAUUUCCCAUCGAUCAGCACACGCUCCAAGCGCGACGAUUUCAUCAAGUUCGCUCCUUCUUACCAAUUGACCGGCUUUCUUUACGCUGGCAAGCCAGGUCUUCUGUGCGUCGAAGGCGGAUCACAAAGUAUCGAUGAUUACAUGAAGUACAUCAAAACGGAAAGCUGGGGCGACAUACCGGCCCAUCACAAGAAAGUCAGCGAGCGACAUCGAGAGCAAUGUGAAAGGCGGGUCUUUCCGGACAUGACUGAAAUAACCGACACAGUCGGUGAGCGACGCGGUCAAAGAGUAAAUAGAGGUGAUAUGAAGGCAAUCGAGGAAUGGCUUGUGGGGAGGGGACUAGGCGAUGCUUUUACAAAGGUCUUAAUGUAG